CCUGAUACAAGUGAUUCUUCAGUUUGCCUUGAGAAUAUCAUAGAUAAAUCUCAAAUUGCACUUAAAUUAAUUAUGAAACAUGUUAAUAUCAUAAAUGUUAUAGAAAUUUGGGAAGUUCAGCACAUGUCAACUACCUCAACAUCAUUAAAUUAUGUUGUACUUCUCAAAGAUCAUUCACAUAUUU